AUGAGAUUGCCUCGCAGAGUGCCUUGGUCUUCUCUUGCUGAACUCGAUGAAGUAUGCUCUUGGAUCUAUACCGACGAGACUGACCUCGACACCAAGAUUCUUGCUGUGCAAAGACUAUCUGCAUGGAAGGCGAUCACCACUCUCCCGCACGCUCUCGAUUCUACGCUUUCGCUGCUCACAGUGAUCGUACAAGACUCGUCGCGCGAGGGUCUUUCAUCGCACAUGCUGAUCAGACAGGCAUAUGCUGUGGCACUAAUCCGUCUGGUCAAUGGCUUGGUAGAUCCUUUGCAACUUGGGGCAUACGCUCGUUCUAUCGCGAGUAUUGCUGCUCAGCUUGGUCUUCCGCAGUGGCUAGUGGAGUUACGACAUGCUGCUACCCACGAAGACCUCCCAAGUCUUGAUGUUCUUCGUGAGGCUGCACGCGAGGCAAUGGCCUGGCUACUGCAAAAUUACUUCAACCCAGCUCUCAGCCCUUCUGCACCACCAAGAAAGCAGACACCGCCUUUGCGACCCCUACAACCUUUACUUGCGCAGUACAAAAUGCUCCUCAAAUCCACGACGCGCGACGCCUCGCUCCGCUCUCAGUACAAGGCGGAGAUCACCCAGAUCCUGCGGGACAUUGAGCGAUGGGUCGCUGAAGCGAAAGUCGCAGCCGAUGUCUCCGCUGCCACCUUGGAGUGGGACGACAUCGAGGUCGAGGACGGCGAACAACAAGACAGCAGAGAACGAUGGGCAUUGGAGAAGCUUUGUGACACUCUCUUAGAGAAAGGUGGCCUGGUACCCUUGUCGAAAAAGAAAAGAGUGGGAUCGACGAACCCGUUCCAACCCUCCAACAGCGUUCUCGCGAUAUGGACACCCCUUCUCUCUCAUCUGCAGGCCCUCCACCCGGACUUGCAGUCGGUACUGAUCUCAAGAAUCAUCACGAGCCUAUUGUCCGACUCCGACGCCACGGUCAGCAGUGCUGAGAUGGACACAAUCCCGCUGGCCGCAAACGAGCGGAAGCGCGAUGCGUCUUAUCAUAUGUGUGUCGCUAGCUGGGCGCACUGGCUCGUGACAUCUUUCAGGGCAAGUACUGCUGAUGCUGAGGACGAGACUCUAGCCGAGGAAGCUGCAGCUGGCCUUAUCACAGGCCUGGGGCCUAGCGGAGGCACCAGCGACACCAAAGCCGCGCGCUACCUCCUUGACACACUCUGCAAAAAAUAUCCAGCGCUUCAGGCCACCGCUUCUGUGCUACUUCCAGCACCCGCGCCCGGAAGCACUCCGCGAUGGUCGGAGCAGGAUCUCGAGACUAUGGCUGGACGGCUUGACGCCCUCAUUGCACCCGGCCUCGACACUACGUCCGCACCAGCGCCUUCGUCGGCGGCCGAGCACAGUCUUGGGGCCGGAGAGGGCCCUGCCCUGCCACCGGGUUGGCGCGUGCUCACCGUGCGAGACGGCUGGAAGCCGGCACCCAUCGGCGUGCAUGUUGGUUGA